AGCGACAUGCUGUGAAUCGGAAUCGAGGGUGUAAGUGCUGCCGCUGGAACAGCUGAGGCCGCCCUUCAACUUAGCGCGGGAAACUCCACGGCGCGCUGCUGCGCUCCUCCAACUCCGCGUUAUGGCAACAGCGGCGGCGGCGGCGGCGGCGAUGUCAUCCGCGGCGUCGGAGCGCUGCUACCGAGAGGCGGCGGUCUUCGGGCGCGGACGGGAGGCCACGGCGGGGCCCGAGAUCCUCGUGGAGCUGGGCUUGCCAUCUCUCCCCGGAGGGGCAGGGUAUCAGGAUUGGGCAGGCGGCUUCUGCUACGAGGAGAGCGCCAAACUUCAAUCCUCGACGAGAAACCGCUUUAUACACUGGUGGGUCAGCAAGGACGUGCUGCACCUGCAGGAGCACUGGCUCGACGGACGCCUCUCCGGGAGCUUCCUGCGCAUCCGCUUUGGCGGCGGCCCCGGGUCCGGGCCGGUCCCCGGUGGGGUUCACGUGCACGAGAACCCACAGGGGCACCUGGCGCUGCUGGUGCUGGCGCCGAGCAGCGCCCAUCGCCUGCUGCUCGCUCACCCCGAUGCUGCGCUCACGCCUGAAUUCUCGUCCCAGGAGUUCUCGUCCGACCGUCACGCCCGCUCGGUGCUGUCGGACAUAGGGCGGUAUUCACUGACGACACCUGACAGCUGCUUCGUGUUUGGGGGCCCCACUGGGGUGGCACCGCGUGGAGCUGGCGCCGGAAGCUGCGCGUGGGUGAACUGGCGCGACGAAGCCCAGUUUGCCUUCGCCUCGCCGAGCGGUGGCAUCGUGGUGGUGACGCUGCCACCUCCCAACGUGCCGGGUGUGGGUACCUCCAUUGAGUUGAAGCAGAGCUCCAUGGUGCAGAGGCUGACCGGUUGGGUGCCUUCAGUCAUACGUGGUGACCAGACCCCGGCACACAUGCCCGUGUCUAUGGCGGCUCACGUCUGGAACGAGGACGUGUCCCUCUUUGCUCUCUGUCAAGACAACAAACUGCGUGUUUGGUCUAUCAAGGACCAGGUGUGCCAGCUGGAGUGCAAUCUGAGUGAGCUGGUGCCACGAGUCCCCGACGUGCGCCACUCUCCGGGGCCGCGCCACCUGCUGCGCCUGUGCCACAGCAGCACAGCCGGGCUGCAGCUUGCCGCUCACCUGUGCUGGGACAGUCACAGCCAGUUCUGCGUGCUGCGGAUGACGGAGGACCGUGCCCACCUCAAGUGCCUCGCCACCCUGCUGGGCAAUCAGGAAUCCCUUAGGGAUUUCGCCAUCACCCCCACGGAGCUGUGGGCGCUGUGGAUCUCGGAGGAAGGGGAUGCGCACGCGUCGUGCACAGGAUUUCUCCCAGGGGACAACCACACGUGCGCAUGGAGCCCCGUGCUCAUGCAACCGCUGCCCAGUGCCGAUCUUCAGGUGUCAGCGCACCUGGACCCCAAGGAGGUGUUUCUCCGUUACAUAUUCCACCCAGGCAGGUUUUCCUUGGAGGCCAUCGUGAAAGCCCUGCACGUGUACCGGAGAGGGGCGGACCAUUCCACAGGGUCAGCAGGGCUGCAGCAUCAGGUGGUGCUCGCUGUGGAGCGAGAGGUGAGCGGACUGGUGGCAGUAGGUGGAGGCAUUGGGGCUGAUGCUGAGGGUGUUUCCGAAAGCUGCUGGCGUCGUUUGCUGGCCUGCGUGUGCCAGUAUCAAGACGUUUUGGCACGGCCGCUGGGCAUCUUGGCCAAUGCGCCUACCAGCCUGGUCUGCCUGCUCAAGCCGGGCUCGCUGUCCCUGCUUGUGCCUUGUGCACCCAUCGAGCAGCUGUUCCUGUCUUCUCCCACCAGGGCGAGUGCCUACCACCUGGGAGACAUUGUGGAUGACCCGGACACACUGGGCGACAUGUGCGUGCUGCUGGAGUGCGUGCGCUGCGUUUGCGAGCGUCUUGGGCCCGAGCUCACUUGGGUCACCGACAUGGAACUAGGUCCCCCGUGCAACGCUGAAAUCCUGGCCCAGGAGUUUGCGCACGGCCUGGUGCAGCAAACGGAUGAUGACGUAGAUCUGCCGUCCCGAUUGUUGGCGCUGGGGGAUCUGACCGGGGCCCUCCGCCUCGUGCUAGCUCAACUUGACCUCGGCGGCCGCGACCUCCCGACCUCCGACCACUCCUCCGAGGCCGCGAUGAUGUUAGGCGUCUACGCGGGAGACCUUGGCUUGAUGGCUCUAGCGCAAGCUGCCCAUCAGUCAGCCCUAACUCGCCUAGAGAUGUGCUGGGGCCUCCUGGUAUUGCAAGCUAUGCUUCACGAGCAUUCCUCUGGGAUUGGAAGAGACACGGGCGAGCUGUUUGAGAGCUGGAACGAGCUGCGCCCUCACACGGUCACGCUGCUGUACUGCUACAGCGUGCUGGUCUGGGCCGGACAGUGCCUCUCCACCGUCGUCCCGGCCAACGCGCUGGAGUGCAACCUUCGGAGUCUAUCUGUGCUGGACAUCUCCGGACUCCCCGCUGUCAGCAUGGACACUUCCAGCGGGCCUUCCGCCAUGGUGCUGACGGAGCUGCUGCUCGGCUCCUCGUCGCGUGCCAGGGCCCUGGCGGCCCGGGCCCCCCGAUCCUGCUGCCUCACUUGGCCGCAGCUGUCGGCCGCCGUCGUGGCCGACCUCCUCCACGACCUGUGGCCGCUGGGGGGUGAAUUCAUUUUUGGCGAGUUCCUGUCGCUUCACUGCCAGAACAUGCAGCUGCAGAGGUACUGCAACCUCCUGGAGGCCUGGUGUCGUGCCCACGAAGGCUCGCGCAGCUUCCUGCUCGGGCAGUCCUACCUGGUCUGCGGAGAGCCUCACAAGGCUGUGGACUGCUUCAUCAAGGCAGCCGGGGAGGUGGAGAAGGAACCGUUCCUCCGAAAGUUCCUCUCGCUCGACACCCAGCCGUCGGCAUGCAGCCCUCGCAUGGAGUACUUCAGCAAGGUGGUUCGUUUGCUUGAGAACCUCCAGCUGGCGGAGCAGGUGAUCGACGUGGCCGGUCUGGCUGUAGCCACGGCAACCGAGGGGGAUGCAGCGUACAUUGCCUCCUUGCAGACGCGCAUUUUCCGGCAGCACCUGGAGUUGGGCCACUACGCCGAGGCGUUCCAGUGCAUGAUGGCCAAUGUGGACACCGCAGACCGGAAGAACUGCUUGCGGGCCCUGACCGUGCGGCUCUUGGAGCGGUCGCAGUUGUACGAGAUCGUCAGUCUGCCCUUUGAGGACCUGGAGGGAGAGGUGGUGGGUAUUUUGGAGGAGCGCGCGCGCUCCAUGGACCUUCUCUCUCACAACACCUACGAGCUGCUCUACGCUUUCCACGUGCGACGCAAGAACCUGCGCAAGGCCGGCAGCGCCAUGCUAGAGUACGCCCGCCGUCUGGGCAGGGAGUUGCCCACGCUGGCCGGGCUGCGCAAGCAGGUGCCCGCGCUGCUGGUCACCCUCACGUGCCUGCGUCUCACGCCGGCCAAGUACGCCUGGAUCGCCUUUCCCUGCGCGUCGCACACGCCCAGCGAGAGGCCGGGAGCCUCGCCGAAGCGGGACCACGACGGAGAGACGGUGCAGCCUCCGCCGAGGCACCGGGUGGAGGUGGUGGAGGUGGAAGACGUGCAGCGCGAACUCUCUCUGGCGAAGGCGCGGUUGCGGCUUGCGGAGUUACACCCCGAUGUGACGCACUUGUCUGCGAGUGGCAGCAGCGCAGAGGAGCUGGUGCCGCUCUUGGUCCAGGCUGGGCUGAUGGAUGUGGCGCUCAGCCUCUCGCGAUCACACAGCCUGAGCCUCGAGGCCGUGUUCACGGGCCUCGCGUUCAAGUGUGUGAUGCUUCAGAAUGAUGUGGGUGAUGAGCAGGAGGAGGCAUGGAAUUGGCUAUCUCUAAACGAACUACCCACCAGCUGCAACUUCAAGGAGACCACCAGCCCUGCGGACGAGGCGUGGCGCCUGCUCGCCUGCUACCUGGAGAAGCACGGCGACCCCACGCGCCGCGCCCACCACGCGGUCAUCGGCAAGCUGCUCUCCCUCGGGGCCGCGUUGCCCACGUGGCUGGUCAACGUGUACAAGGCGUACGACACGCCGGCGCUGCUGCGCCUUUACCUGCGCUACGACCUUCUCGAAGAAGCGGCCGAGCUGUCCCUUGACCUGCUGGACGCCGUGCAGGGCAGCGGCCACACGUACUUCGGCAUCCAGGAUCCCCUGUCAGCCACCGCUCCCCCCGUGUGGGUGCCCUACUCCACCAUCGACCAGCUGCUCUUCGCGCUGCAGGAGGGCUCAAGUCCGUCGAACAUGGAGCUACGGGAAAGGCUUCUGGGUAAAAUCCACGCCUACCAUGAGCGGGUGGAAGGGGUGUCCCGCGAUAUGCUGCACCUGGCCAAUCAGAGGGCUUGCCUGCAACAUCAGCAGUGAAAACACAAGCCUCUUGUCUCGCGUGUCUUCAUUAUUUUUAUUGCUUCUGUGUGAUACAAAAGCUGCUGUGCUAAAUGGCGUUUUUGUUAAACGUUUAUUAACAAAAUAUGAACCUUGAGUAAUUUACAAAUAAACUCUUUGACUAUA